AUGGCCUUGAGAUGCUCGCAGACGCCAAAGUCUUUCCAAGGUUACACGGAUCAAUGUCCAUUUCUUAUUGAGAUGUGUCUCUGGUCUGGGUUGAAGAGGCACGCCGCUGCCACGCGCUCAUUGGUUGGCCAACUUGUGUUCCUUUCCAGAAACGACCGCAACUCCACAAUCGGCCGCGUCCACGAUCAAAUUGCAGUCUGGUUGCUGUUGCACCGGUCCAACCCGCCCCUCCUGCUUCUCUGCCCGAUCGCCGACCUUGCCAACGCCACAACUUCCACCAGACCUCCCAGUGACCUUGCCAGCAUUGCCAGCGUGGGACAAGGCACCUAUCCACCCCCAUCGCCCGACCAGCCAGCCGCAACCAUGGAGGCCGAGAUCAGAUCACAGAUCCCCAACAUCGAUCCCGUCCUGUCAGAGUACUCCGUCGGCUACCUGACCCAUGCUGCCAAUCUUUUUUCUUCCGACUCGGAUCUCAAUGCCCCCUCGCCACUUGAGGAAGCCGGGGUAACCGUGAGUGCAUUGCUGUUGUCGGCCUCUGGUGAUCUCUCCAAGCAAAAUGAGGAGGCCAUCCAAAGUCUUAUGAACAAGUUCAUUGAAAAAUUGAACGCUGCCAAUGGCACAGACAAUGCCCAUCGCCAAGUUGCCCCGUCCGCCAAGAGGCUGGAUCAAGCGAUACACGUGGGUUCAUCGAGAAACAUUUCCUCCACCCUAGCUCUAGCAGGCGGUGCUGUCGACCUCGAAUCUGCCAACACCCGUAAGGUCGAGUCCAGAGUGGAUCGGAAGAAAUUAGAGAAAGCAGAACGCAAGCUCCGUGCCAAACAAGACCGCAAGGAGUUCAAAAACGUCGAAUACGAGGCCUCGCGACUUCUCAACCAACCUGAUGAGACGCAAAGCUAUGAGGAGUUCUACAUGGCUGUCAAUCCUUUGCAGCUGGGCGAAUCAUCGACCAAGAGCAAAGAUAUCAAGAUUGAUAGCUUUGAUGUCUCCAUGCCGGGGCUACGCAUUUUGACCGAUAGUACCCUCACGCUUGCCUAUGGUCGUAGGUAUGGUCUGGUUGGUCAAAACGGUAUAGGUAAAUCUACGUUGCUGCGUGCUCUCAGUCGCCGUGAAGUGAACAUUCCUACGCAUAUUUCGAUUCUUCACGUUGAACAAGAGAUUACUGGUGACGACACACCCGCUUUACAGGCCGUCAUGGACGCCGAUGUUUGGCGCAAGCACCUCCUUAAGGAACAAGACAAAAUCACCAAGGAGUUGGCCGAUAUUGAGGCAGAGCGAGCUAACUUGGCGGACACAUCCGCCGAUGCUGCAAGGUUAGACACACAGCGUGAAGGACUCGAUAUCACACUGAGCGAUAUCCAUGCCAAGCUCUCCGAAAUGGAGGCCGAUAAAGCAGAGUCCAGAGCUGCUAGUAUCCUUGCAGGUCUUGGGUUCUCGCAAGAGAGACAAAAGUAUGCGACCAAGACAUUCUCUGGAGGUUGGAGGAUGCGACUGGCACUCGCACGAGCCCUCUUCUGCGAACCUGACUUGCUACUACUCGAUGAACCGUCGAAUAUGUUGGACGUACCGUCUAUCACAUUCUUGGCAAACUAUCUCCAAAGUUACCCCAGCACAGUCUUGGUUGUAUCUCACGACCGAGCUUUCCUGAACGAGGUUGCCACGGACAUCAUUCACCAGCACUCUGAGCGUCUUGACUACUACAAGAGCUCCAAUUUCGACGCCUUCUAUGCUACGAAAGAGGAGCGCCGUAAGACAUUGGCGCGCGAGUAUGAGAAACAGAUGGCAGAGAGGGCUCAUUUGCAAGCAUUCAUUGACAAGUUCCGAUAUAAUGCGGCAAAGUCGUCAGAAGCUCAGUCGAGGAUCAAGAAGCUGGAACGUAUGCCAGUACUCACACCACCCGAAGCAGAAUACACAGUUCACUUCAAGUUCCCUGAAGUGGAGAAGUUGUCACCACCCAUCAUCCAGAUGACGGGUGUUUCGUUUGGCUACAGCAAGGACAAUAUUUUGCUUCGAAACGUUGACCUCGAUGUGCAGCUGGACUCUCGUAUCGGUAUCGUUGGACCUAACGGUGCCGGCAAGACGACGGCCCUGAAACUACUCAUUGGCGCGCUGCAGCCUACCACGGGUAUGAUUUCACAAAACCCACGUUUACGAGUCGGCUUCUUUGCGCAACAUCAUGUUGAUGCACUCGAUCUCAACGACAGUGCAGUCGGCUUCAUGUCGAAGCAAUACCAUGGCAAGGCAGAUGAGGAGUAUCGUCGCCACCUGGGAGCAUUUGGUAUCACGGGUAUGACGGGCCUGCAGAAGAUGGCGCUGUUGUCGGGAGGUCAGAAGUCGCGGGUAGCAUUUGCUUGCUUGGCGUUGCAGAACCCCCACAUUUUGGUUCUGGACGAGCCUUCGAACCACUUGGACAUUGAAGCCAUGGAUGCGUUGUCCGAGGCAUUACAAAAGUUCCAGGGUGGUGUGCUCAUGGUCAGUCACGACGUCACGAUGCUGCAGAAUGUAUGCACGAGUCUAUGGGUUUGCGACAAUGGUACUAUUGAACACUUUGACGGGACGGUCAAGGACUACAAGCGCAGGAUUACAGCGCAGGCCAACGAGGCUGGAGUGGUAGCCAAGCAUUAG